UCUCUCUCUCUCUGUCUAAACAAUGCCAGGUUCAUUGCCUGACCUCUGCACUGGUGACGAAGAGCUGCUGGCUUAUUUCUCCAGUAGCUCAUAUGAUUUGUUUGGAUCAACGGUUUCCAAGGGAACAGCUAAGCUCCUUGAGAAACAGAACAGGAUUUUUUCAGGGCUGUUGGUCAAUCUCAGGACCGUUGUGCCUUGGCUGUCAUGGCUUCAGUACUUGAGCAUCACUCGGUAUGGCUGUGCGGCUUUGCAGCACAAUGAAUUUUGGGGACAGAACUUCUGCCAGGGACUCAAUGUAACCGCAAACACUACCUGUAGCUUUGCAAUAUGCACUGGAGAAGAAUUCUUGAUGGACCAGGGCAUCAGUCUCUCACCUGGGGCCUGUGGCAGCAUCAUGUAGCCUUGGCAAGCAUGACUGUUAUCUUCCUUACAGUGCUGACCUAAAAUGGUUAUUUCUUAACAAAUAUUCUUAAAUUCCUCUUUAAUGUACAUGAUUGAUCUACAUAGUAAAAAGGGAGCACCCCGGCCAGGUGGCUCAGUUGGUUAGACUGUCAUUCUGAUACGCCGAGGUUGUAGGUUUGCUCUCUGGUCAGGGCACAUACACGAAGCAACCAGUGAAUGUAUAAAUGAGUG